AUGGCGACUCUGGUCCCCACAUCCGAGGAAGAGCCCACGCUCGUCGUGGCGCGAUUCUGCGCGGAGAUCGCGUGGGCCGAAGGUGGUGAGGAGGUGGCGGGCCCGGCUGUAGCGCAGGCUGUAGCUGAGGCCGGCACGUUGCUGGCGGCAAACCGCAAUGCCGACCUGGUGAGCCUGCUGCUGACGUCAGCGGAGACCGUCCUCGCCAAGGGAUCGGAGAAAGACGUGGAGGGCGCGUUCACGUUCAUCGCGAGUUUGAUUCCCAAGGCGGACGCCAAGGAGCAGGUGGAGGCGCUCGCCAGCCAGCUCGCGUCCAAGCUGCUCAUGGCGCCCGCUGACAAGCCCGCGCUCAAACUCAAAAUCCUCGUUUUCCUUUACAACGCGCUCGUCGCGUGUCCGCGCGCGCGUUACGUGGUGUUCGCGGCGGCGCUGCGCCUGGCGCUGGCCGCCAAGCAGCACGAGCUGAUGCUGCCGCUGGCGCGGCUCUUCUCGUCCGCGUGCUUCCGCGAGUGGGGCGGCGCCGUCGACAAGGAGGAGCUCAAAGAGCUCUACCUCGCGCUCGGCGCGCUGCUGCAGGACACCAAAGGGGGAGCCAAGGACGCGAGCGCAUUCACCAUCAAGUACCUCUCGCUCUUCACAGCGGCGGAAGCAGCAGCGUCCCCAGCAGCGCAGCAGGCAGCGGCGCAGGCGGCCAUCGACUUCAUCCGCACGCCCGACGCCUUCCAGAGCGACCUGCUGGACCUGCCCGCCGUGCAGCACCUCGCGUCCAUACCCGAGCACGCGCCCCUGCACGCGCUGCUCUGCGUGUUCCUCAAGGAGCGCCUGCCGCAGUUCCAUGCGUUUGUCCAGGCCAACCCCACUGCGCUGGAGACCUACGGGCUGAGUCACGACGAGUGCGAGGCCAAGAUGCGUCUGCUCUCCCUCGCAGCCCUCGCCUCGGACAGCUUCGCAGCUGCUGCCUCCGCUGCUGCCGCUGCUUCCGGUGCCGGCGCUGCUAGCAGUGCGGCCUCCCCCACUGCUGCUGCAGGGGGGAGUGGUGGCGCUGCUGCUGCUGGCGGUGGUGCCUUUGCUGUGGGCGAGAUCCGCUAUGCGCUGCUGCAAGACACUCUCCAGGUGGCGGAGGAGGAGGUGGAGCAGUGGGUGGUGCGUGCCAUCGCAGCAAAGGUCGUGGACGCUCGCAUGGACCAACAGCGCCGCGUUGUCGUUGUCACGCGCAGCACACAGAGAGUGUUUGGACUGCCGCAAUGGGUGGAGCUUAGGAACCGCCUGGCAAUGUGGAAGGAGAACAUCUCCAAUGUGUCAAGGGUUGCUCAGAGCGCCCGUCUUUCGUACACCCCCUCCUCGCCCAGUUACCACUCAGGCUCUCCAUUCUCGGAGGCAGCCAUGGCCAAGUCGAAGAACCACACGGCGCACAACCAGACGUACAAGCAGCACAAGAAUGGUAUUAAGAAGCCCAAGAAGCACAGAUACUCUUCCACGCUUGGGAUGGACGCGAAGUUCGUGCGCAACAUGAGGUACUCGCGCAAGGGCAAUGUGCACAACAAGAAGGGCGAGGAGUAA